CCUAUCACCACUCCUGAUAUCUCCAACCCUACCAGAGCUAGAGACGAGAGACCACUUGAUACCAUUAGAAGCUUCGAAUAUGCUGUCUCUGGUGACCCAUCUUGGGCCCAACAGCUAGAGACCGCUACUUACGGUUUCAGACCAAGACCAGACUUCCCAUUGCUAAACCCAUACGCUAACAACGCUUCCGCUUCCCAGGCCUACAACGAACAAGCCGUCUACCAACCUCCAGUCCAUGAAGUUGGUGAAAAGAAGAAGAAGAAGAGAGGUUUGUUCGGUAGAAAGAAGAAGUCUAAGGAUUAA